GUGGCGGCGGCCGCUCCCGUCCUAAAACCAGGUGCCCUCUGCACUUCCCCAUCUGGGGACGGAAGAACUCAUUUGUGGCAGUGGCUGCAUCCAGGGCAGGGUUACUGUAGCAGCUUGCAGAGUGGAAAAACUGGUAUAUGCGCCUUCCUAUUGCAUCAAGAGCGCCUCAUCAGAAUUGGAAUAAGGCACCAGUUUCAGAACACCGGGAAACAUUUUAAAAAUUUUUUCACUUUUAAAAACCUCUUGAAAAAAAGUUCAGAAAAAAUGGCAGCAGAAACUCAGACACUUAACUUUGGGCCUGAAUGGCUGCGAGCUCUGUCUAGUGGUGGGAGCGUGACGUCCCCUCCGCUUUCUCCAGCAUUGCCGAAGUAUAAAUUAGCAGACUAUCGCUAUGGGAGAGAAGAAAUGUUAGCACUUUUUCUAAAAGAAAAUAAGAUACCCUCAGAUCUUCUGGAUAAAGAGUUUUUGCCUAUUCUACAGGAGGAGCCCCUGCCACCAUUGGCACUUGUACCUUUCACAGAAGAAGAACAGAGAAAUUUUUCAAUGUCUGUAAAUAGUGCCGCUGUCCUACGGUUGACGGGCCGAGGCGGAGGAACAGCGGUAGGGGCUCCUCGAGGUCGAAGUUCCUCUAGAGGUCGAGGCCGAGGCCGAGGAGAAGGUGGUUUCUACCAAAGAAGUUUUGAUGAAGUGGAGGGUGGAUUUGGGCGAGGAGGUGGUAGGGAAAUGCACAGAUCCCAGAGCUGGGAAGAAAGGGGAGACAGAAGGUUUGAAAAACCAGGGCGAAAAGAUGCAGUGAGACCAAACUUUGAAGAAGGAGGGACAGCAAUCACAGGGAGGAAGCACGAAUUCAUUCGUUCAGAAAGUGAGAAUUGGCGGAUCUUUAGAGAAGAGCAAAAUGGGGAGGAGGAAGACGGAGGCUGGCGGCUAGCUGGAUCACGGAGGGACGGGGAGCGAUGGCGGCCUCAUAGUCCAGAUGGCCCACGUUCCGCAGGCUGGCGAGAGCACUUGGAGCGGCGCCGAAGGUUUGACUACGAUUUCCGAGAGCGGGACGACGAACGGGGGUACCGGAGGGUGAGAUCUGGCAGCGGCAGCAUAGACGACGAUCGAGACAGUCUUCCCGAAUGGUGCCUAGAGGACGCUGAAGAAGAAAUGGGGACAUUUGACUCCUCCGGGGCAUUUCUGUCGUUAAAGAAGGUUCAGAAGGAGCCCAUCCCCGAAGAACAAGAAAUGGACUUUCGGCCUGUGGAAGAAGGGGAGGAGCGUUCCGAUUCGGAGGGAAGCCACAAUGAAGAAGCCAAAGAACCCGACAAGGCGGCCAAGAGAGAGGGAGAGAAACUGGAGAGAGUGGCAGAAGCGGCAGAAGAAACAGUCCAGACGUCUUCACCGUCUGCCACACCGGCGACUCCGGCAGCCCACGAGGCCCAGGAACCAGGGCAGACCAGCUUAUUUGAUAGGAAAGAGGACCCCAAACCCGAAAGAACGGAAAAAACGGAAGACAAGGAGAGCCGAGCAGAGAAUACACUACCAGCCAAAGCGUCCAGCAGAGGCGAAGAACUGGUUUCUACGCCACAGAUUCCAGUAGACACAGCGUCUCCUGUUCUCCUACUUCCACCUCCUGUGACCAACCCAAGCCCAGCCCUCAGGCCAGUCCAAACGCCGGUUAUCGGUGCCCCAGGCAUGGGCAGCAUUUCUGCCGAUCCAGAUGAUGAAGAAGGCCUUAAACAUUUAGAACAGCAAGCAGAAAAGAUGGUGGCAUAUCUACAGGACAGUGCACUGGAUGAUGAGAGAUUGGCCGCAAAACUGCAAGAGCACAGAGCAAAAGGGGUCUCUAUGCCACUAUUGCAUGAAGCCAUGCAGAAAUGGUAUUACAAAGAUCCACAGGGAGAAAUUCAGGGCCCGUUCAAUAACCAGGAGAUGGCAGAAUGGUUUCAGGCGGGAUAUUUCACUAUGUCCCUGUUGGUGAAAAGAGCCUGCGAUGAAAGCUUCCAGCCCCUCGGAGACAUUAUGAAAAUGUGGGGAAGGGUCCCCUUCUCUCCAGGUCCAGCACCCCCUCCACAUCUGGGAGAGUUGGACCAGGAGCGACUAAACCGACAGCAUGAACUUACUGCCCUGUAUCAGAUGCAGCACCUUCAGUACCAGCAAUUCCUGAUACAACAGCAGUAUGCACAGGUGUUGGCACAGCAGCAGAAAGCAGCCCUGUCAUCCCAGCAGCAACAGCAACUGGCUCUUCUCCUUCAACAGUUCCAAGCUCUGAAGAUGAGAAUAUCGGAGCAGAACCUGAUCCCAUCCGUCACGAGGUCUGUGUCAGUACCGGACACUGGAUCAAUUUGGGAGCUUCAAUCAGCAGCCUCCCAGCCUGCAGUCUGGGAAGGUAGCAGCGUCUGGGAUCUUCCUCUUGACACUGCAUCUCAGGGACCAGCUCUUGAGCAGCUGCAGCAGCUUGAGAAGGCUAAAGCCGCAAAGCUAGAACAAGAGAGAAGGGAGGUGGAAAUGAGGGCCAAAAGAGAAGAGGAGGAGAGGAAGAGGCAAGAGGAGCUCCGACGGCAGCAGGAGGAAAUCCUGAGGAGGCAGCAGGAGGAGGAGAGGAAACGGCGGGAAGAGGAGGAGCUUGCCCGCAGGAAGCAGGAAGAGGCUCUACGGCGCCAGAGAGAGCAAGAAAUUGCACUGAGACGACAGCGAGAGGAAGAGGAACGACAGCAGCAGGAAGAAGCACUUAGAAGACUAGAGGAGAGGAGGAGAGAGGAGGAGGAGAGACGACAGCGAGAAGAAUUGAUACGGAAACAGGAAGAGGAAGCUGCAAAAUGGGCUCGAGAGGAAGAGGAGGCCCAGCGUCGGUUAGAAGAAAACCGGCUUCGCAUGGAGGAGGAGGCGGCCAGGCUGCGCCUCGAAGAGGAGGAGCGAAAGCGCAAAGAGCUGGAACUCCAGCGCCAGAAGGAAUUGAUGCGACAGAGGCAGCAGCAGCAGGAGGCCCUGCGGCGGUUACAGCAGCAGCAACAGCAGCAGCAGCUAGCGCAGAUGAAGCUUCCCUCGUCUUCAACCUGGGGUCAACAGUCCAAUUCCGGGGCAUGUCAGUCCCAGACAACACUAUCGCUGGCGGAAAUUCAGAAGCUAGAGGAAGAGAGAGAACGGCAGCUCCGAGAAGAGCAGAGGCGCCAGCAGCGGGAACUGAUGAAGGUCCUCCAGCAGCAACAGCAGCAACAACAGCAACAACAGCAGAAACUCUCCGGCUGGGGCAAUGUCAGUAAGCCCACAGGCGCUGCCAAGUCGCUCCUGGAGAUACAGCAAGAAGAAGCCCGACAAAUGCAGAAGCAGCAGCAGCAGCAACAGCAGCAGCAGCCGAACAGAGUUCGCAAUACAACGCAUUCUAACCUGCACACCAGCAUUGGGAAUUCCGUUUGGGGCUCUCUAAACCCUACCCCCACUAGCCAGUGGGCAUCUGACCUAGUGAGCAGCAUCUGGAGCAAUGCUGAUACCAAAAACUCCAACAUGGGUUUCUGGGAUGAUGCAGUGAAGGAAAUGGGACCUAGGAACUCAACAAAUAAAAACAAGAGCAAUGCUAGUCUCAGUAAAUCUGUAGGUAUGUCCAGCCGACAGAAUAAGAAAGUAGAAGAGGAGGAGAAGCUGCUGAAGCUCUUCCAAGGGGUGAAUAAAGCCCAGGAUGGGUUUACCCAGUGGUGUGAACAAAUGCUUCAUGCACUUAACACAGCUAACAACUUGGAUGUUCCCACAUUCGUUUCUUUCCUGAAGGAAGUGGAAUCUCCUUACGAGGUCCAUGAUUACAUCAGAGCCUAUUUAGGAGAUACCUCUGAGGCCAAGGAAUUUGCCAAGCAGUUUCUUGAACGCCGUGCCAAACAGAAAGCAAAUCAACAGCGGCAACAGCAACAGCAACAACAACAGGACUCUGUAUGGGGAAUGAACCAUAGUGCACUCCAUUCAGUCUUUCAAACCAAUCAGAGCAACAACCAACAAUCCAAUUUUGAGGCUGUGCAAAGCGGCAAGAAAAAGAAGAAACAGAAAAUGGUUCGAGCAGAUCCCAGUUUGUUAGGGUUUUCUGUGAACGCUUCCUCAGAGCGACUCAAUAUGGGAGAAAUAGAGACAUUGGAUGACUACUGAGCACAUGCAAAUGGACCGGCCUUUUCCUAUAUCUGUUAACCAUGGAUUCUCCACCUUUGGAUACAGUACUUCUCCACCGUUAAUUUUCAGUUCCCCCUUCAACGAAUCACAGAACCGAUCAUCUCAGGCUUUCUCUUCUAGCCCUUCCCACCCAGGACUCCGCACAGCCCUCGUUGGCAUAGAUGCCAAGCAAUAGACAAAGCCGGCGUCUCUGUGUCGAUUGGGUGGGUGGGAGUUGGGGUUCUUCCGCCUCAAGGCUGAUCUGUGGGCAGCAAGUAUUCACUGUGCCGUGAUUCUUUCUGCUGUUCUCUGAAAAGCCAAUUGGGAUCUGCCUGCUGGCAGCUUCCUUUCCCCCGGUCACUUUUUUUUGGGGGAGGGGAUGGGGGGAAGGGAGGGAGGGAAGGGCGUUCCUUGUGCAAUCCCAGAAUUUUUGGUUAACAGAUGUCGGUGAAUGACAGACGCCACCCGGAUUGUGACUUCAGCGUUCCAUCGGGGCAAACGGUGCUCUCCCAAACC